GACUGAGUCCUGAGGGAGGGGACAGCAGGAGGCCUCAGGAGAGAGCUGGGAGUAGGGACUAAGACAUCUUCCUGAGCCCUUUGGCAGAGUGGCUUCUUUUCCCUUGGGUAUGCCUUAGUCUUCCCAGCCAUGAAGACAGGAAGUGAGGGAGACAGCAAGUGAGGGAGCUGGGAGCUGCUUCCCAGGCUGGGAUCUGGGGAGGAUGGCGGUGGGGGAACAAGGUUGUUGAGUUCCAUACUCCCUACUAUGUGACUGAAGUGAGAAAUGUCUGAGGAAUACACCUUUCCUCCCAGCCUCCCUGAUCCACCUAGGUUUUUCCUUUCCAAUAACAGCUCUCUGUUCCCCACAUCUCAGGGAAGAGUUAACAGGACUCAGGGCAGGCAGCCCCUAGAACAAAUUCCUUCCUUUUCUUCUUUACCCUGACCAGGCCUCCAUUCACCUUCCUUAUCAGAGUCCAUAAUCGCAGGCAUGGCUGCAGUCCUCACCUGGGCUCUGGUCCUCCUCUCAGCAUUUUCAGCCACUCAGGCACGGAAAGGCUUCUGGGACUACUUCAGCCAGAGCAGCAGGGACAAAGGCAUGAUGGAGCAGAUCCAGCAGCAGAAGCUGCCACGGGAGCCUGCGAGCCUGAAAGACAGCCUUGAGCAAGACCUCAGCAAUAUGAACAAAUUACUGGAAAAGCUGGCCCCCCUGCAUGGACAGAGCAAAGAGCCUCCUCUGCUGGCACAGGACCCAGCAGGCAUGCGGCAGCAGCUACAGAAGGAGUUGGAGGAGGUGAGGGCGCGCCUGGAGCCCUACAUGGCAGAGAUACAUGAGCUUGUGGGCUGGAACUUGGAGGGGUUGAGGCAGCAGCUGAAGCCCUACACCAUGGAGCUGAUGGAGCAGGUGGCCCUGCAUGCACAGGAACUACAGGAGCAGUUGGGCGUGGUAGGAGAAGACACGAAGGCCCAGGUGCUGGGGGGCGUGGACCAAGUGCUGAGCCUGCUGCAGGAAAUGCAGAGUCGUGUGCUGUACCACACUGGCCGAGUCAAAGAGAUCUUCCACCCGUAUGCCGAGCGCCUGGUAACUGGAAUUGGGCACCAUGUGCAGGAGCUGCACCGCAGCGUAGCUCCGCACACCGCUGCCAGCCCUGCACGUCUUAGCCGUUGUGUGCAGGUACUCUCUCGGAAACUCACGCUCAAGGCCAGGGCCCUGCACAAGCGCAUCCAGCAGAAUUUGGACCAGCUGCGCAACGAGCUCAGUGCAUUUGUCCGUGCCAGCGCUGAUGGGGCUGAACAGGGGGCCAGUCCCGACCCCCAGGUGCUCUCAGAAGAGGUACGUCAGAAACUGCAGGCUUUCCGCCAGGACACUUUCCGGCAGAUCGCGGCAUUCACCCACGCCAUCGACCAGGAGACAAAGGAAGUUCAGCAGCAGCUGGCGCCACCCCCUCCAGGUCACAGCGCCUUCUCCCCGGAGUUCCCACAAGCAGACAAUGGCAAGACACUGAGCAAGCUGCAGGACCGUCUGGACGACCUGUGGGAAGACAUCACCUAUGGCCUUAGUGACCAGAGCCAUAGUCAUCUGGGAGAAUCCUGAAGGUCUACUUGCUGGGUUCACCAUCUCUUUGUCCCAGAAGCCCUGGGUCUGAGCCUCUAGCAUGACCUGCUGGGCAGAGGGCGGAGGGUCCUGCAUAGGAUAGGUGAGGCCACCGAAGGGAGUACUGACCCUGGCAUAUCCAGCCUUCUCAACUCCCCCACCUGGAUGCAUUAUACUCACUAGGCUUUGCAAACCCAGCUUCCCGUGCUCAUUUGGGAAUCUUCAUGAGUUGCAACAUUCAGGGGUGAAGGGAGUGGGGAGGGAGAGAGGCCUUGCGUGUGUGGGAGAUUGUCUGCAAGCCUUAUGAGAUGGUGGAGGAAGCCUGUGCCACUACAUCCUGGAGUUUGGCUCCUGUCACUUCAGGCUGCCUGAUGGUCACAGCUACAACUGUUCCACACAGAGGAGCUCUUGUCUUCUUGGGGGAAUAGAAGAGAGCAAGGAGGAAAAUAUGACGAGGACAGCAUGUGAUGGUGUGUUUAUAUCUUUGAUGGCUGUGAUGCUGCUGGGUGUGAAUGGUGGGGACAGUGAUGGGAUGGGGCCGAGCCCAUAGUUCCUUAGCUCUGCACCUAAAUAAGGAACUGAGCCCUUCAACCUGUGGGAUCGUCUUAAACCCUCUGGGGAGCAUGCUGUAUGUUCUCCUCAUUUCCAGCCCCUCCCUCCUGACUCCUAGGCUGAAGUCUAGACUUCUGACUCAAAGGAAAUAGAUGUUUAUGAUGAAAGUUUGUUGA